CUCCAGCCUCGAGGCAACUGACUUCGCUUUGUUGAAGAACUGCCCGUCCACUGCCGCAUAGGAAGACAUUGACAAUUCAUAGAUAUCGCUCUUGGAGCAUCUGCAAUUAUGUCCUAUGCAAUUGAGACCAAAAAACGCAAAUUCGAUCGCAUCUUGGAAGCCCUCAGCGAUGCAGCGGCAGCCUCUCCCCCAAGAUCGUCACUUAAUUCUCGGAACAAUGCAACUACAACAAGCUCCAGCCUCAGCCUUAGCCUCGACGAUACUUCGGAUGGAUCUAAAAGACGCCGUGUAACUCCAACAUCCAGAGUUGCACUUUUACCUCGUACAUCGACCACGUCUCUUUCCACCCAUUACCUCCCCUCCAGCCGCGCCGCCUUUCUCGAACGACUUCAAACCUUCCGACAAGUCACUCAGUGGCAUGUUCCAUCGACAGACCCAAUUAAUGCCACCGUGUGGGCAAAGAGAGGAUGGAUCUGCGUGGACACGGACACUGUGUUCUGCGGCUCUUGCAAGGAGCGUGUCCACGUCGAUCUCACGAUCGAUCCUUCGCGGCUACGGGCAACAAAAAUUGCAGAUGUCACGGAAGGGGAUGUGCAAGACGACCAAGACGACGAUUUAGCCAUGGUCACCGAAGUCUACAACAGUAUUGUCAAGAAGUACCAAGAUAUGAUUACAACGGCCCACUCUGAAGGUUGUCUUUGGCGUAAACGAGGUUCAGACUCAUCAGUACAACGAAUCGAGGGACUUUUGAAUACAAGUAUCGCGCUUGCAUCACUGAAGGAACGCUAUGACAGCAUUAUGACUCGAGAGGAUGAACUGCCAGCAGUUGCACCUCUCCCGCUUCCAUUGUCCGAGGAUGAGGAGUCGUUGACCAAAAAUCUAUCUGAAGAGGAGGAGCGGAAGGUCAAUCUCAACGCAUUUCGACUAGCGAUCACAGGUUGGGACAGGAAAGCAGAAGAUAUUAUUGAAUGCCAUCAUUGUUUCCGGUCGCUUGGGCUAUGGCUGUACCGUGGUGACAAGCCAGCCAUGGAAACCCUCGACGCGAUCGACAGCCACCUGGACUACUGUCCAUGGAAAUCAGCGGACGCGCAGGACACAGAAGUAAUAUUGCCCAGCAAAAGAGACACAAACGACGAGUCUGGUGCCAAGAAAGAGCGGGUACCUGGUUGGAUCCUUGUAUACUCUGCGAUUGUCAAGGGAUCAAACAAAAAACAAGCCAAGGACUCCCCCGUUCCGAUGGUAGCAGAGGAAGAGGACGUCACCACAGUCGGCGAAAGCUUGACCUCGGAGCAACGAGAGAAGAAGACGAGGGAUUUAUUCAGAAGGAUCAAGGAGAUUAAGAAACCAUUCAACGUGAAGGCUUUGCUCAAUCGCAAGAGGGACAAGCAAGCAGCCGUCCCACGCGGCUAAACGAGCGGAUAUCAACUAGGUGUUGACGCUCAGUUGCGGUAUAUGGGGACCCGUUCUUGUUUCUCACGGGCAACAUAAUAUUUUCUAACGCCGACGCCGAAGCCGCCAGACGGAUGUCCCUCUCUAAAUGGAUGGGAUACUCCCCGGUAUGGUAGCACGCUGGGGAGAAUCUUCGGUGAAGAUUUGCGGGCCCCCAAAGACAGCACGGCACUGGAGCCGGAAGAUGUUGAUGAUGUUGGGGCCUCGGAGGGACUCCGGAGAAAGACGCACAAUGGCCUCAACGGCGCGGCGAGAUCACGGCGCAUGGGCUUCUGCGACAGGCCUUGGCAAAUUUGAGAAUGGAAUCUGUUCAUCUCUGUCCGGAAAGGGAGGCCGGACAAAGAUGCUAGCGCGAAAGAUGAUACAAGCCUUUGAUGCAAGGAUGGAAGUAAAUCCAUAACAAACCUAGUAUAGGUAGCUCGGACCUGUGAGAAGUUUUUCCAUCCGAGAAUACCAAUGGAAGUAGGAGGUUGUGGUUGCGGUUGUUUCGGUGGGCGAGGCUCUUUAUGCUCCGUCCUAGAACCCAAGCAGAGAAAUUCCGCCAACAGCCAAUCCAAAUCGAAAGAGGUCCACGAGGACAACCUCCCUCAGCACAAGUGAU